GACAUUCAAACGUUCAUUCUUCCUUUUUGAACCGACAAGUGUUGGAGACGGGACAUUAAAUAGCUUUGAAAAGGAACGACAAGUGUGGACCAAAGUUUCUAUCAAAAUUUGCCCAAGUUCUCGUUUUUAGAGAAAACCAGUCGGAAUAACUAAACGGGAAAUGGACCAGGCACAACAAAUGAACAGUUACGCCCAUGGAGCUUCAAGAGGACAUGUGAUGGUUACAGGGGGUGCCGGAUACCUUGGAUCUACGAUGGUACCUAUGCUCCUUGACGAAGGCUAUGAAGUCACAGUGUAUGACAUUUUUCUGUGGGGAAUUAAUUCUCUUCUUCACGUUAUGCCAAAUCCAAGACUUCACAUCAUAAAAGGGGACAUUCGUGACAAACAGAAAUUAGAAGAAGCGAUGUCCGAUAAAGAUAUAAUCAUUCAUUUGGCUGCCAUCGUUGGAUAUCCUGCAUGUGACAAAGAUCCGGACUGUGCGAUUGAUACCAAUGUUGUCGGUACUAGAAACAUUGCUGAACUUUUGCGACCAGACCAAAAGAUGGUCUAUGCCAGUACAGGGUCAUGUUAUGGUGCGGUUGAUAAUAUCUGUACAGAAGAAACCGAUAUCUGUCCUUUAACACUGUACGGAAGUAGCAAAGCGGACGCAGAAAAGCAUGUCGUCAAAGCUGGUGGCAUUGGUCUUCGAUUAGCAACUGUAUUCGGAUUAUCACCACGGUUACGGUUGGAUUUGCUGAUCAAUGACUUAACAUACAAAGCCCUUACGCUUAAAGAAUUUGACCUUUACGAAGGGUCAUUCCGUCGUACAUUUUUACACGUGCGCGAUGCAGCAAGAGCAUUUGUAUUCGCGUGUCUAAAUUAUGAUGUAAUGAAAGGACAAGCAUUUAAUGUGGGAGAUGAAAAAAUGAAUAUGACGAAAUCCCAUGUAGCUAGCGUCAUCCAGGACCACGUGAAGGGGUGUUCCAUAACGGAAUCUAAUUCGGGCCAGGAUAAAGACAAGAGAGACUAUGAAGUUUCUUACGCAAAAAUUCGAAAGCUUGGAUAUAAUUCCACUAUUAGCGUUGAAGACGGGAUCAAGGAAAUGUUGAAAAUUUUACCCAUUUUACACCCAAACGACAUCGGAAAGUGCAAAAAUGUGUAGAACUUUUUUUUAUUAUAAAAAUAACACCGUAACAGUUCCAUGGUCGUGUACUAAUCUUUUCUAGUAGGGAAUGUCAUUAAACCAUGAUGAUAUUCUUUUGCAUUUUAAAUGGACAUUUGUCUUGAAUCACCAUGUAUACAAUGAUCAGUUCUUUGUGUUUAAACAGUGUUUAUAUUUUGGAAAAAUGAAAAUUAGAAUAGCACCAUCCCUAAGGACAAUGAUGCCGAACAUAAUUUAGUUUCCUACAACAAAAUUUAUUACAUUCAUGCCAUGCAAGGAAAACUGAACAAGAAUUCCGGACAAGUUCAACAUUUCUACAUGAUAUUCAUGUCUAUGCAUAAUGUUUGUAUUAUCACGUUUUCAGUUGACAUAUUAUGCUUUAUAUAAAUCUUUUGUGUAUGUUAUACAAUAGGGUAAUUACUGCUAUAAGAUCGGCAGAGGAUUAUUAUGUUUCGUGUUUUUACAUGUAAACAUUUUCAUACUUUCACUGCAAUGAAAAAGUAAAAAAAAAGUACUAGUAAUUGAAAUUGGAUAGGGAUCAACUGAUAUAAAGAUUGGCUGGUGAAUUAUGUUAAUAUUUUUUUUUAUUAAUGCAACAGUUCACAAUGUUUUGGUCUCAGUUUUAGAGCAAAUGUUUUGUUUUCACCACAGUAAUAAUGAGCUUGUGUAAUUAUUGGCAAAACAAUUUUAAAUACAAACGAAAUGCCAACUUUAGUUAGAAAAGCAUACCCGUCCGUUGGAUUUUUUUUAUAUUCUAUUUUUAUUUACAUUCUUUUUCAUUAUGCAUAAUACUAUUUUGUAUUUAAAAAAAUCUCUUUUCUAUGGAUAUUUAUAUAUCUUAAUGUUUGAAAAUAAAAAUGUUUUUGUA